UCUUCACGUGCUUGAAAAAUCACCCCUUCAUCAGGGUGUCUGAGCAUCGCCACAGAAUGAAGCUGGUUACCGUCAUCCUGCUGUUCUUGGGUUCAGUCGCCUUCCUAGGCGCCGACACUGCACGCCUAGACGCAUCCUCGCAGUUCCGAAAGAAGUGGAACAAGUGGGCGCUAAGUCAUGGGAAGAGGGAACUUCAAGCAUCCAGCAGCUAUCCCAUGGGGCUUGCUGAUGAGAAGACAUCCCCUACUCAGGCUCUUGAUCUGCUCCAGGACGAGCAGAGCACUCUCAGCACCCCACAAGCCAGCAUUCAGAACGCAGCCCAUAUUCGAGUCAAACGCUACCGCCAGAUUAUGAACCAGGGCUACCGCAGCUCUGGAUGCCGCUUUGGAACCUGCACAGUGCAGAAAUUGGCCCAUAAGAUCUACCAGCUCACAGACAAAGACAAGGACGGCUUCGCCCCCAGGAACAAGAUCAGCCCUCAAGGCUACGGCCGCCGGCGCCGGCGUUCCCUGCCAGAGGUCCUCCGGGCCCGGACUGUGGUGUCCUCCCAGGAGCAGACACAAGCAGCCCCAGCCUCCCAGGAGCAGCCGAAUCAUCUCCAGGCUCUUUAGGAUAUAUGUGCGGGUGGCAGCAUUGAACAGUCGGGCGAGUGUCCAUUGGCGCCUGAGGAAUCAGAGCUUCGCACCCAGGGCGGACUGAGACAAUCCUGCAGAGAUCUGCCUGGCUGCCCCUAGGGGAGGCAGAGGAACCCAAGAUCAAGCCAGGUUCACAACAGAAAAAGAAUUACAGGCAUCACCCUCCGGGCAGGGGUCUGAGCCACUGCCUUGCCCGCCACAAACUGGUUUCUCACGGGGCAUAAGCCUCAUUACUACUUGAACUUUCCAAAACCUAGCGAGGAAAAGUGCAAUGCUUGUUGUACAGCCAAAGGUAACUAUCAUAUUUAAGUUUGUUGCUGUCAAGAGGUUUUUUUUUGUAACUUCAAAUAUAUAGAGAUAUUUUUGUACGUUAUAUAUUGUAUUAAGGGCAUUUUAAAGCAAUUAUAUUGUCACCUUCCCCUAUUUUAAGAUGUGAAUGUCUCAGCGAGGUGUAGGGUUUGGUUCCGUGUGUGUGUGUGUGUGUGUGUGUGUGUGUGUGUGUGUGUGUGUGUGUGUGUGUCUGCUGGUG